CUUUCCAGGGAGUUUGUUAGGGCACAGAAGUACAAGACCGAAGCAGAACAAUUCGGAUGGAGUUUUGUUUUCCAGGAUUUUGUUUCGGACGAAUUGAAAAGCAAAGUGACCCAACGGAUUGAGUCAGCUCCCUGGUGGCUGCCUAUUGAAAAGGUGUUUUGGAGACAGCCUACAGGUCCCAGUUCAGGUAUAAAAGACAGACUGGAUUACCCCGUUGUUCAGGUGAGCUGGAACGAUGCCCAGGCCUUCUGUAAGUGGAAAGGGAAGAGGCUUCCUAGCGAGGAGGAGUGGGAAUUUGCCGCCAGAGGUGGGCUGGAAGGCAGGACAUUCCCAUGGGGGAACAAGUUUCAAGCAAACCGGAGCAAUCUGUGGCAGGGUCCAUUCCCAGACGAGGACUCUGCAGAAGAUGGGUAUCACGGUGUUUCUCCUGUCAAGGCGUUCCCUCCUCAGAAUAACUACGGGCUGUGUGACAUGCUAGGGAACGCGUGGGAGUGGACAGACUCCGAGUACCUGUCUGAGGCUUCGCCCCCCGGCCGCCACACCCCUCACAAGAUGUUUGUCCUUCGAGGGGCAUCCUGGAUUGACAGUGUUGAUGGGUCAGCCAAUCACAGGGCUCGAGUCACUACCAGAAUGGGAAACACUCCAGACUCUGCUUCUGAUAACCUGAGCUUUCGCUGCGUGGCCAGCGUUGAACUCAAAGAGCAGAAGACUCAGCGUGAAGCCGAGCUGUAAGAAGCCACAAGCAGUUUGAGAAGAAGCAGACUUUGAGACGUUAACUGCGGGGUGAUUGUUACAUUUCUCCUAUGGAGAGUGGAGACAGCGAUUGUUUCUUUGAACACUUUUUCCCAGUACAAGAAGUAAGACGAAUAAAAGAAUAACUGUAACGGCA